AUGUCGAUUUCAGUACAAGAGCUGGACAACACGGUCCGAGCCUUGUUUGAAGGCAAAGGGGCCCUGCAAUAUCAAGCCCAACAGACUUUGACAGAAUUCAAGCAGAAUCCUGAUGCCUGGGUCACCGUGGGUAACAUCCUCCAAGAGGCAUCAUACCUUCAAACCAAAUACAUUGCCCUUCAAGUCUUGGACAAUGUGAUUAUGACCCGGUGGAAGGUUCUACCAAGAGAGCAAUGCCAGGGAAUCCGUAAUUUCAUCGUGAGAUUCAUUCUCGAGAACUCCGAAUCCGAAGAGAAAAUCCAAGCGGAGCGCCCUCUAUUGAACAAGCUCAAUCUUGUCCUUGUCUCCAUUUUGAAGCAGGAAUGGCCACACAACUGGCCUACAUUCAUUAAUGAGAUCAUUUCUUCUUGUCAUGCCAGCCUCUCUAUCUGCGAAAACAACAUGACUAUCCUCCGUCUUUUGUCGGAGGAAGUCUUCGACUUCUCGCAAGAUCAGAUGACCUCUGCAAAGGCACGGAAUUUGAAGACAUCCAUGACCUCGGAAUUCGCAUCUAUCUUCCAACUGUGCUCCGAGGUCCUCAACACUGCGAAUCAGCCCAGCUUGGUGAAAGCGACUUUGGAAACCCUUCUUCGAUUUUUGAACUGGAUCCCGCUGGGCUACAUUUUCGAAACACCGAUCAUCAACACCCUCCUCACCCGUUUCCUCGGUGAGCCCGAGUUCCGAAAUGUGACCUUGAAGUGUCUGACUGAGAUUGGGGGCUUGCAAAUUGGCACUCCUUACAACUACGACGAACGUUUGGUGCACAUGUUCACAGAGACGCUCACCACCGUUUCCAAUGUCAUUCCCCUGUCCUUGGAUUUGAAGCAAACAUAUGCCAUGAGCAAUGGAAGAGACCAGGAGUUUGUAUCAAAUCUGGCCUUGUUCCUCUCGAGCUUCUUCAGCGCUCAUCUAGAUCUCAUCGAGAAGUUGCCAAAUCAAGAUUAUCUCACGCACGCACAUUUCUAUUUGAUUCGCGUCAGCCAGAUCGAUGACCGAGAGGUGUUCAAGAUUUGCUUAGACUACUGGACAAGGCUGGUGCAGGAGCUUUAUGAAGAGAUGCAGCAACUUCCAAUCACCGAUAUCAACCCGCUCGUAUCCAUGAGUGUUAGCGGUCUGGCUAAUGGCGGCGCGCCCAACCCCACUACUCUUGCGAACUACCCCUUGCGCAAGCACAAGUACGAGACCGUAUUAACAAACCUUCGCACCGUGAUGAUCGAAAAGAUGGUCCGCCCAGAAGAGGUAUUGGUUGUCGAGAACGAUGAGGGUGAAAUCGUGCGCGAGUUCGUCAAGGAAAGCGACACCAUCCAGCUUUACAAGACGAUACGCGAAUGCUUGGUAUACCUCACACAUCUUGAUGUGGUCGAUACUGAAACUAUCAUGAUUGAUAAACUGGCUAAGCAGGUUGAUGGGAGUGAAUGGUCGUGGGUAAACUGCAACACGCUGUGUUGGGCGAUCGGUUCUAUUUCUGGGGCUAUGAACGAGGAAACCGAGAAGCGUUUCCUGGUCACUGUGAUCAAGGACCUUCUUGGCCUCACAGAGCAGAAGCGUGGAAAAGACAACAAAGCCGUGGUGGCAAGUAAUAUCAUGUAUAUCGUGGGACAAUAUCCGCGGUUCUUGAAGGCCCACUGGAAGUUCUUGAAGACUGUCGUUAACAAACUUUUCGAGUUCAUGCACGAGACUCACGAGGGUGUUCAAGACAUGGCUUGUGAUACUUUCAUCAAGAUCGCCAAUAAGUGCAGACGGCAUUUCGUGGCCCUUCAGCCUGGAGAAAACGAACCUUUCAUCGAAGAAAUUGGUCAAAAGGGCCUCCAAGAUCGCUUGACUGAGAACUUGAUGGCGCUUCCCAACACCGCUUGGGAUCAGAUCAUCGCAGAAGCAAACCAAAACCCGGCAGUUCUCCAAGACGCGAAUACCAUCAAAAUUGUUGGAAACAUCAUGAAAACUAAUGUUGCAGCCUGCUCUUCGAUUGGUACCUACUUCUAUUCACAGAUUGGCCGGAUCUAUCACGACAUGUUGAACAUGUACCGUGCUGCCAGUCAGCUCAUUAACGAUGCUGUUGCGAGUGACGGAGCCAUUGCACCAAAAACCCCUAAGGUCCGAGGACUUCGGACUAUCAAGAAAGAAAUCCUGAAGCUCAUUGAUACCUAUGUGGACAAGUCAGAUGAACUUGAGAUGGUUAAUGCCAACAUGGUGCCACCGCUCAUGGAGGCAGUCUUGAUUGAUUAUGCCCGAAAUGUUCCCGAUGCACGAGAGGCGGAGGUCUUGAAUGCUAUGACCACAAUUAUUCACAAGCUUCACAAUCUAAUGGAGGAUAAAAUUCCAGCAAUCAUGGACAGCGUUUUCAACUGCACUCUUGAGAUGAUCAACAAAGACUUCCAUGAAUAUCCUGAGCACCGUGUUGAGUUCUUCAAACUGCUUCAAGCGGUCAAUCUGUACUGCUUCCAGGCACUUCUGAAGCUCGAUGCCGCGCAGUUCAAGUUCGUCAUCGAUUCAUGCAUGUGGGCGUCGAAACAUGACAAUCGCGAAGUGGAGAACACCGGUCUUACAAUGUGCCUGGAGUUGAUGAACAAUAUGGCCGAAACCGACCCACAAACCUCGAGCAUUUUCUUCCGCGAGUUCUACGUUCCAAUUCUUCAGGAUGUGUUCUUUGUCCUUACAGACAGUGACCAUAAGGCUGGAUUCAAAUCCCAGGCCAUGCUUCUGUCGCGCAUGUUCUAUUUCGUGGAAUCCGGCAAGAUUCAGGAGCCCAUCUAUUCUGCCGACCAAGCGCCAGCUGGAACUUCGAACAAAGAUUUCCUACAAGAGCACAUCGCCAAUCUCCUCAAGAACGCAUUCAGUAAUCUCCAAGAAGCACAGAUCAAGCAGUUUGUCCUUGGGCUGUUUGCGUACACUGGUGAUUUGAACAAGUUCAAGACUCACCUCCGUGAUUUCUUGAUCUCUUUGAAAGAGUUUUCCGAUGACAACGCGGAACUUUACGCAGAGGAAAGAGAACAAGCCGUACGUGAUGCCCAAGUUGCUGAGCGAGACCGAGCCAUGAAGGUAGGUGGUCUGUUGAAGCCAUCGGAGAUGGAUCAAGAGGAUGAACUAUGA